CAUAUACCUCCAACACUAUGAUGUGGUUUUCAAAGAAGAACCAUUCGUGUGGGUCUUUCCUGAGGGUCCUUCAUAUUCAAAAUAUUUAUUUAUUCAACCCCACGUUUUUCUUUCCUUCCCUAACCCUUCUCUCUCUUUUCCUUCUACUUAAAUCCUCCUUCCCCUCCCUCCAUUUUCCACUCAUCUCAUCUACACUUUCCCUCCCUCACAAAACACUAAUCACACCCCCUUUCUCACCAUCAUACAAUCUACACCCCCUCUUACCAAAACAACAUUAUACUUUGUUCCUUAAAAUCACCAAAACAAAACACAAUGGUUGAUGAUUCACCUUCUCCACCUUCACCUUCAUCACCACCACAAUCAUUGACUUGUUCAAGUGAUGAAGAAAAGAGAGCAAAGAAAAGAGAAAGAGAUAACAACAAAAACAUAAACACUAACACAAACACUAAUCAUCCAGUUUAUAGAGGAGUUAGAAUGCGCACGUGGGGAAAAUGGGUUUCUGAAAUCAGAGAACCAAAGAAGAAAAACCGAAUCUGGCUUGGAACAUUCGAAACAGCCGAAAUGGCGGCGCGUGCACACGACGCAGCAGCACUAACCUUAAAAGGCUCAUCCGCAUUCCUUAACUUCCCCGAACUCUCAUCUUCACUUCCAAAACCAGCUUCCACCUCACCCAAAGAUGUUCAAGCCGCCGCUGCCAAAGCCGCUCUCAUGAUCCCUCCGCCACCUCUCUCACCGGAACCUUCUACUUCCUCCUCCACCUCCACCACCACCACUACCUCAACGUCCACAUCCUCCUCCUCUUUAUCUUCUUCUUCUCCGAUGCCGGAAGAUCUCGUUGAGAUUGUUGAACUACCACGACUCGGAACAUGUUUUGAAACACUUGACCCGAGUAACGAGUUAGUGUUUUUUGACUCGGUUGAUUAUUCAGAAUCAUGGUAUCAUGGCAUUUAUGAUGAUGAAGAAGAGAAUGGUUAUGGGAGUGGAUGCAACUUCAACUUGAUAUCAAUGCAUGACCCAGAAAACACGGUUCUUUCAUUGUGGUCUUGAUGAACAACUGUUGUUAAUGUCACCUACCCUUUUUUGGUGUGUCUUUUUUUUUUUUUUCUUAUUUGAAUUAUUGCAUAUAGUAGUGCUUUUAAAUUAAUUACUUUAGUAGGGGUCCUUUGGCAAUUUUUAUUUCAAGGGGGCUAAAAUAUAAAUAUGGAUGUAAUUUUUUUUGGCUAUAUUUAUGUGGAUGAUAUAUUAUCAAUUUUGAUCAAGACAUUUUUUUAUAUAAUGA